AUGGAUGAUAUUAAUAGUGAAAAAUUAUUUUUUAAAAUUAUUAGAAAUAAAAUAAUAUUUAAAAUAAUUUUAUCAUUUUUAAAAUUAAAUAAAAAACUUUGUAAUAAAGAAUUAAAUUAUAAAAUAUUUUUAAAUCCAGAAUUAUAUAAUAAUAAUUAUUAUUUCAAAAGAAUUAAAAAAGAAAAUGAAAUAAAGAGUGGUUCAAUUCAUUGUAAUGAUAGAGAAGAAUUUGAAAUUAGGUCAACCUUUUUCAAAUUUAAUCAAUUUUCAUCAAUAAAUAAUAUUGAACAAAUGUUUGAAUUAAAUAAAAUUGAAUUAUUAAAAUCAAAAAUAAAAUCAAUAAUUUAUAAUCAAGAUUCUUCUAAUGGUGGUGGUGAUGAUGAUGGUUCAAUAUCAACAUUAUCAACAGAUUUAAUAUUUAAUAAAAAAUCAAUUUCAAAUAUUUUUCAAAAAAUCGAUGGAAAUUUAAUUGAAAAUCAAAUUUUUUAUAUCAAACUUUUAUCAAAUAAUCCAUAUUUAGCCAUUGAUUAUGAUCUUUUAUCAAUGUCUUGUAAAUUUAAUAAUUUAUUUUUAUUAAAAUUAUUAAUUAGAAAUAAAAUUGUUGACAUAUCAGCUAUUCAACCAAAUUAUCCAAUAAUAUUAUCAAUAUAUAAUAUAAGAGAUAAUAUCACCCUUUCAAUAGAUUCAUUAUUAAAAAAGUCUUUAAAAUAUGGUAGAGUUGAAAUCAUUGAAUAUUUAUUAUCAAUGAAUUUAUCAAAGACAACAAUAUUAUCAACAUCAUUAUUACCAUUUAAAUUAUCAAUUGAAUGUAAAAUUAAAGAGAAUAGAAAUGAAAUUGUUAAAUUAUUAUUCAAUAAAUUAAAUUAUUUACAAGAUUUCAUUAAUAAUAAACAAAUUAAUUUAACAUCAUUAAUUGUUAAUGAAAAACCAUUUAUUUCAAUAUUAAAUUUAUUUGAUUUACAAAUUAAAAUUUUAGAAAUAAUUUUAAAUAAAUUUCAUACUUUAAUAAUUAAUAAUAAUAAUGAUGAUGAUCCAAAAAAUAAAGUUUCAUCGAAUUUUAUAAUGUCUGAAAUUACAAAAAUUAUUGAACAUAAUUUAAUAUUAAAUUUCACACAGCAAUCAUCAUGUGAAUUGGUUAGGAAAUUAAUUUUAAUUUUUACAAAAUUAACUCCAAAGAAUAAUUCAAAAACUAAACAUUUAUUAGAAAAAGAAAUUGAAAUUUUUAAAAAUAAUAGUAGUAAUAAUCAAAUUAAAUAUAUUAAAUGGGUUUUAUAUCAUACUUUACCAUUGUUAUGUGACUCAUAUUGGAAUUUUUUAAAUUUAAAUUUUAGAAAUUUAAUAUACAGUUUUUCAAUUAAAUUCGAAAAUCAACAACAUCAAGAAAAAACUUUAAAAAAGUAUUUCAAAUCAAGUUUAAUCACUAUAAAUGAUUUAUUUAAACCAAUUUCAAUGUUAGAUUUUAAUUAUUUAAAAAUUAUGAUUUCAAAUUUUAAACAAUUCAAUUCAAAAGAUUAUAUAAUUUCAAAUGGUAUAAUUUUAUUUGACUUAAUAAAAUCAUCAUCAUCAUCAUUCACUCAUGAUAAUAUUGAUAAAUUAUUAGAAUUUAUAAAAUUAAUAAUUUUAAAAAUAUCAUCAAAUAAAUUAAAAAAUAAUAAUGAUGAUGAUGAUGAAAUUUUAUUUUUAACUUUAAAUUCAUUAAUUCAUCAAUUAAUUAAAAUUAAAGAUAUUAAAAAUUUAUUAAUUAUUAAAAUUAAUUUACAAUUAAAUAAAUUGCAAAAUCAUAUUAAAAUUAAUAUUAAUAAUUCAAAUUAUUUAAUUAAAAAUCAAUUAUUGGAAUUAAUUGAACAACAACAAGAUAAUAAUAAUAAUAAUAAUAAUUUAAUAAUUAAUAAAGAUUUUAAAUUUUUAUUAAAUGAUAAAAGUGGGAAAGUAUUAGGUCAAUUAUUAAAGAGAAGGAUAGUAACUGAAAUAGCAAAAAGUGAUGAAAUUGAAUUUGCCAUUUCAAGACAAUUGUAUAUACCAAUAAUAAAAUUAAUAAAGUAUAAUAAAUUUUUACCAAUAAAUAAUAAUAAUAAUAAUAAUUUACAAGAAAAGCAAGAAAGAAUUAAUUAUUUAAGGAAUAUUAGAGAUGAGUUUUUAGGAAAAUCAAAUUUUGUUAGUUUUACAUUUUUAAAAUGUUCAAUUAAUUAUUUCGAAAAUGAACUAGAGAAAUUGGGUGAAAAAAGGAUAACAGUCAUUCAAAAUUAUGUUUAUUAUAUAUUAAGAUCAAUAGAUGCAGGUGAUUUUUAUGAAACUUUUAAAUAUUUUCAAUAUUUAGAUUUAAUUUUUAAAAAUGAUCUUGUUGGAGUAAUUGAAUCAAUAUGUAUAAAAAUCGGUGAAAUUGGUAAUACUGAAUUACUUUCUGAUCUUUUAGAUAAUUUAGAUGCUAUUUAUUAUUGUAAUGAUAGUGGUAGUAAUGAAGAUGAAAAAAAUAAAAAUUGUAAAUUACAUACAUAUUUUUUAUUUCAAAUUUUAUCGAAAUCAAUUUUCUCUCAACAAUUACCAUCAAUUAAAUUAAUUCAUUCAAGAUAUAAAACUAAUUUUAAUUUAUUUCCAUGUAUAAAUUCAAAAAAUCAAUCAAAUUUAAUUUAUCAAUCAAAUUUAGAAUCAUUUGCAAUAUUAUCUUUAACAUUAAGAUCAUUUAAAAUUUUUGAAUAUUUAGUAUUCAAAAUUAGUAUUAAAUUCGAUAAAAAUAAGUUUAACCCAUUAAAAAAAGAUAAAUCUCUUCAAAUUUAUCUUGAUAGUUUAUCAAAAAUAAAUAAACUAUAA